ACCAGGUUCUACUCUCUACCAAAAGCCCUCUCCACUUCCGCUCCCAACUCUCAAUUCAGAUAAUACAUAUAGAUAUAGAAUCCUUCUCUCUCUCUCUCUCUCUCUCUCUCUCUCUCUCUCCAAUAUAAACCCUAAUGUCACCACUCAAUUGACAAAACAAGAAAAACCCUUCGACUUCGACUUCGACUUCGACUUCGACUUCGAGUCCGAUUUUCUCGCACUCAAUCCGAAAACAUGGAAGAAUCGAAAAUCACCGCCUGCGCCACCGGCGCCGCCGCCCCCAGCAGCAGCAGACCGUCCUUUCAACUCACCAGACGACGUUCUUCCUCUAAAGACCGCCACACCAAGGUCAAUGGCCGCGCCCGCCGUGUCCGCGUCCCAGCCCUCUGCGCCGCUCGCAUCUUCCAGCUCACCCGCGAGCUCGGCCACCGCACCGAUGGCGAGACCAUCGCCUGGCUUCUCCGCAAUGUCAGUCCCUCCGAUUUUCCAUCCGCCUCCGCAGACGCCGCCGUCGCCGCCUCCGUCACGGUGGCGCCCACCAUUACCGCCCCGUCCCCCCCGCCGCUUUCUUCCAUUCCUCUCCCGUCUUCAUUCUCGAGCCCUUCGACUUCGACGCCUUCGCCUCCUUGCGAUGCUCCGCCGAUGGCGCCGGCGCCGGUGAUUCGCCACCUGUCGGCGGAUGAAUAUGAGGGGCAGUUUAGCGCUCGCGAGCUUGAUUUGUUUCCGACGGAAGGUGCGUAUUCGAACAUGUCGUUCACGUCGUUGUUGUUACAGUCGGUGAAUGACGAUAAUUAGCAAAAACCGCCGACGACGUGCUGUUAUGUUAUCUUGUCUCAGAAAACAUUAUUAGGGUUUCUGUAAGAUUUUCGUCCACUUUUUUUUUUUUUUUUCCUAAAUUAAAAUUGUAUUCGAAAUCAUAAAUUUUAAAUCUUGAAUUUAGAUUUGUGUAACACAAAUCUAAAUUCAAGUUCUGCAUUCUCAAGUAAAGAAUUGUACGAUACAAGGAAAUGGGUUUUGUUAAUGAAGGCAGAAAAUCAUUUCACAA